AUGAUUCUUCUUAUUUUCAAUUCUCUGAGGACUGAAACAGUUACAACAACGGUAUCAAGUCCAUCAUUAAUAACUUACAACAAUUUACAAGUCUUAUAUUCGAAUACACUUCGAUGUCCUUGUUCGACGACGACAAUACCUUAUGAAACAUUUAUAUCGUUGUCUCCAAUCUUGCAUCAAGUGUGUUCAAGUGAUUUUGUUACGGAUCGUUGGCUUUCAAUAGUAAAAAACGUAGCUGAUUGGACUUCUGAAGAUUGGCGUAAUAGAGCUUACUCACAAUUUAGUUCAUUAUCUAACUAUUGUCAACUGGCUAAUAAUACGAUCAACGACGCUGUUCAUCGCUUUCUUUUACGAUCUUUAAUUGUUCGAAGUGUUAUGCCCGAAAAUGAGUUUAAUAUACAAAUGAAUGAAGAGCUCGAUCACUUUUUUAAAUUGACAAUUAAUGCUUUUGGUUCUCUUAUUGAUAUAGGACAUCUUAUUACGCAAGUAGAUCAACCUUAUAUGGGAUCAAGAACAAACGCAUGGAAUGCUCUUCCAGAUUUAAAUCUGGUUGGAAAUAUUCGAACCAAUAAUGUAACUAAUGAACGAUCAUUACAGAGUUAUUUUCAAAAUAUUGAAUAUCCAUCAUGGUUUGAUGUUCAUCCUCUUGUUUAUGAUCCAACAUUAAGUCGUUAUCCUCCAAAUACUUCAAUUUCAAUGAUAGUUGAAGAGAUGAUGAUUGAAAAAUGGAAUCCAUCAUAUUCAUAUUAUCAAUUUUAUAAAUUAUGUGCGCCAACUUAUUGCACGUAUUCUCAGAGGAUUCGCACAAAUACCAUUAUUGAAGUAAUAAUAAUAUUAGUAUCCAUGUUUCGUGGUCUUACUGUCUCAUUACAUUUAAUCACACCAUGGUUCGUCAAAUUUAUGUAUUAUUUAUUCUUAAAGUUCAUUGGAGAAAGACAACAAGAACAAGAACAAUCAGGUAAUCAUUGGUUAGAUAAUUAUAAAAAUCUCUAG